AUGAACUUGUUUAGGUUUAUUGCAGAUACGCUCCAUCUAUCUGCGAUUAUUCUGCUGAUUUAUAGGAUUCACGUUACUAGGAACUGUAUUGGGAUCUCUUACAGAACUCAGGAGAUCUUCAUAGUGACCUUCUGACUCAGAUAUCUCGAUCUUUUCAUCUAUUUCGUGUCAAUGUAUAACACAUUAAUGAAAAUAUUCUUUAUAUGAGCAACAGCUUAUACAAUAUAUUUGAUCAGGAAGAAGAGACCGUUCUGAGGAACAUACGAUGCCGCAGCAGAUGAUUUCAACCAUUAUUAUUUUAUUUACCCACCUGCUCUGCUAGUCACGAUUGUCAUCCAUUCAAGGUUUUCUAUUAUUGACUUCUUGUGGAGCUAUAGUCUCUGGCUGGAGGCAGUUGCAUUCAUUCCUCAGAUCAUGAUUUUGUACAAGAUGAGGACAGUCGAGAACUUUACAUCGCAUUAUAUAGGUGCUCUAGGCUGCUACAGGUUCUUUUACAUCCUCUCGUGGGUUUAUAAGUACCUGAUGGGUCAUCAUAUUUUCUGGACGUCAGUCAUUACAGGCAUUGUUCAAACUCUGGUCUUCGCAGAACUUGUGUAUGAGUACUUUAGAUCGGUGAAAGAGGGGAAACAGAGAAUGGAAAUCCCUCUUAGAGCAGUAGCUAAGGAAGAUCCAUAA